GUGCCCGUCCUGCCUGUCCUGCAACCGGCUCCUGCCGCGCCUCCCAGCCCUCUUGCAACCCUCUUGCAACCCUCUUGCAACCCUCUUGCAACCCUCUUGCAACCCUCUUGCAACCUCUUUGCAAGCCCCUUCCAACCUCCUUCCAGCCUCCUUCCAGCCUCCUUCCAACCUCCUUCCAGCCUUCCAACCCCCUUGCCCAUCUUCCAACCUUCUCCCAACCUUCCGACCCCCUUGCCCACCUCCCAAGCUCCUUGCCCACCUCCUCCCCACUCACCAUGUCUGUCACCAUCACCAGGAAGACCGUGCGAAGCAGCUCGGCCGUACCCGGCCGUUCCUUCAGCUCCCACUCCUACACCGCAGGCCCUGCCGUGAGGAUGAGUACGGCCUCAGCCAUCGGUACCUACGGUGGGAGCCGCUACGGCGCUGGGUUGUACCGGGGUCCAGCUGUUGUGCCCGGGACAGGGGGUGGCAUCACAGCCGUCAGUGUCAACCAGAGCCUCCUGACGCCCCUCAACCUGGAGAUCGACCCCAGCAUCCAGCGGGUGCGCAAGGAGGAGAAGGAGCAGAUCAAGACCCUCAACAACAAGUUUGCCUCCUUCAUCGACAAGGUCCGGUUCCUGGAGCAGCAGAACAAGAUGCUGGAGACCAAGUGGAGCCUGCUGCAGACGCAGAAGACCACCCGCAGCAACAUGAGCGGGCUCUUCGAGGCGUACAUCAGCAGCCUGCGCCGCCAGCUCGAGGGCCUGGGCCAGGAGCGCCUGCGCCUGGAGGCCGAGCUGGGCAACAUGCAGGGGCUGGUGGAGGAGUUCAAGAACAAGUACGAAGAAGAGAUCAACCACCGCACCGAGAAGGAAAAUGAGUUUGUUCUGCUCAAAAAGGACGUGGAUGAAGCCUACAUGAACAAGGUGGAGCUGGAGUCGCGGCUGGAGAGCUUGACCGACGAGAUCAAUUUCUUGAGACAGCUUUACGAUGAGGAGCUCCGGGAGCUGCAGUCCCAGAUCUCCGACACCUCCGUUGUCCUCUCCAUGGACAACAACCGCCGCCUGGACCUGGACGGGAUCAUCGCGGAGGUGAAGGCGCAGUACGAGGACAUCGCCAACCGCAGCCGCGCCGAGGCUGAGAGCAUGUACCAGAUCAAGUAUGAGGAGUUGAAGACGACGGCGGGGAAGCACGGCGACGACCUGCGCAACACCCGCAGCGAGAUCAACGAGCUCAACAGGCUGAUCCAGAGGAUCCAGGCGGAGAUCGAGGCGCUCAAGAACCAGCGAGCCAGCUUGGAGACCGCCAUCGCGGAGGCGGAGGAGUGCGGGGAGCUGGCCCUGAAGGAUGCCAAGGGGAAGCUGGCUGAGCUGGAGGCAGCUCUGCAGAAGGCGAAGCAGGACAUGGCCCGGCAGCUGCGCGAGUACCAGGAGCUGAUGAACGUCAAGCUGGCCCUGGACAUCGAGAUCGCGACCUACAGGAAGCUGCUGGAGGGCGAGGAGAGCAGGCUGGAGUCCGGCGUGCAGAACCUCAGCAUCCACAGCAAGACGACGGGGUACUCGGCAGCUGGCUUCAGCGGGGGCUUCAGUGGGGGCUUCGGGGGAGGCUUCGGCACCUCCUUUGCCAGCUCUGGCUACGCCGUGCCCCCCCCGGUUCUGGAGAGCGCAUCCCUCCCCAAGUCCCGCGCCAUCGUCAUCAAGAAGAUCGAGACUCGUGACGGCAAGUUGGUGUCUGAGUCCUCCGACGUCCUGGCCAGCUGAGCCCCCUCUGCUGGGGGUCCCUCCGCCAGAGCCACGGGGUCUGGCCUGCAGAUGGAUGGGACCCCCGACCCCCCCCCCCACCCCCCCCCCCCCCGGCAAAGGGCAACCUGAGCCAGUGCCCCCCCGGGCCCCCCCGGGGGCUCCAAUCCCCACCUUGUCCCCAACAUCCCCCCUCCCUCCGUCCUGGCUCCUCCCCCCAUGUCCCCAUCGGAGCUGGGGGAGGGGGGGGGAAAUGGGGGCCCCCCGGCCCCCUCGAGGGGCUCCUGCCGGCUCCGAAGCUGGAAUAAAGCCUUCGAAAUACA